AUGUUAACCCUUUCCAUACUGGGGGAACAACAAUCAGGAGACUUGGCCGCGCCGGAACACCCAGGCAACUUAUCAUCUGAGGACACUGAUACUGAACUCCAUGACUUCACUGAGCCUAGCUUACAAUUUCAGAAAGCCCUGAACUAUGUUAAAAAUGUGCAUCAACUCACUCACCUUGGUUCAAAGAAACUGCAGGCAUUCCUGAAGGACCAGAAACAGAGCUUUCCAUUGACUGACUCGCAGCGAAAAGAAAUAGCUGAGCGGGUAACAAAAACCUGUCGAGUUUGCCAAUUAGUUAAUGCUUAUCCAUCCAAGCUUCCUGCAGGAAAGCGCCUACGGGGAACCAGACCAGGACAAUUCUGGGAAGUGGACUUUACUGAAAUUAAGCCAGCAAGGUAUGGACUUAAAUAUCUCCUAGUCUUUGUAGAUACUUUUUCAGGAUGGGUCGAAGCCUUCCCCACGAAGAAAGAAACGGCUCAGGUGGUGGUCAAAAAGAUCCUAGAAGAAAUUUUUCCAAGGUACGGCCUGCCUAAGGUAAUAGGGUCCGACAAUAGACCGGCGUUCGUGGCCCAGUUUUCGGUGGACACAACAUCUUUAUUUUAUUUGUAUGUGGUGCUGAGGAUCGAACCCAGCGCCGCAUGGAUGCCAGGCGAGCGCGCUACCGCUUGAACCACAUCCCCAGCCCUGUAUGCAGUCUUGAUGGGAUGCAAUGCCACAGUGAAAGCUGAAGGAGCCAGACACACCAUUCCCUUCUCUGGUACAGUUGGUAUAUGAGCACAUGACCCAUGCUUUGGAUAAUCGGGCGUUUUUCCUGGUAUUUUGAAGCUUGAUCUAGUAUCCCAGGGUAUUCACAGCACUGCUGACAAGGUUUUUGUCUUCCUGUGUGUAAGAAUAGCUUUAACCUAAGAAGGCCUUAGCCUAAGUAACUCCAUUUUAAAAUAAAACUGCAGUCCCCACCAGGCAAGCUAUGGAGCCCUCCAAUAUGGUCACCAAGCACAGCUUGAUAAAAUAAGUCAUUUUCCACAACCCUGAUAAAACUCAGAAUGAAGUCACUGCCUUCACUCUUAUAAAGUUAGAGGUGAAAGAUCAGGCAGAAACUACUAGACCAGAUGUCCUGACCAUGGAAUGAAAGAUGUCACUGAGAAACCUGGUAACAGCUGAUGGGGAUUGAAAAGGCAAGUAGAAGCCCCCAAAUCUAGCAUACAUGAUGGAGCAAAUGUACAGACAUUCAGCCAGCCGACACUGAUGCCCACACGUGGAGAGCCUGAUGAGGACCUGGACUGAUAUACCAACUCUUCUCAUCAUCUGCCUGAUCCUCUGCAUCAUCCUCACCAUUCUCAAACUACAGCCACAUCUUGACCCUGGUAAGAACAGCACUUCUCCCUAUGACCUUCUCCUCAGCUGGAUGUCACCUUCACCCCAGGAGAAGCCUCCAUCAGUUCCUGACCUGGUCACUGCAGACUAAGGGAGUGUGCAUCUGCUGGACUUAAGGCCUAAGACUUGAGAUUUUAGAUCUGGCAGUUGAGCAGAGCAUGCAGAGGGAAUGUCUGUAAUAAGUCUGUCAUGAUUAAGUGUGUUUGCAGUGCUUAGAGUUGACUUACAAUUGUUUUCUUUGAAUUGACUAUGUCUAUUGCAGUUCCCAGCAUUAGGAUUGUCAGUUUCUUCAUUAAGAACCUAUAGAGGGGCUGGGGAUGUAGCUCAGUUGGUAAAGCGCUUGCCUUGCAUGAACAAGGCCCUAAGUUCAAUCCCAGCACCACAAAAACAAACAAACAAACAAACAAACCUAUAGAGUAGAAUUGUAUUGAGUGAUUUUUUUUUUCCAAUAAAGCAUUGGAAAGGGCAGAA